AGAAGUACGGAACCAACUACGGAACGGAAGCCCGGUGGGGACAUCUAACUGACUCAGUGUGUCGGUGUUCCUGACCAUUCCUGACCAACGAAUUCAGACCUACAUAUUAUAUUCCGAAAAGUUGAACAAUGUUGACCACUUGUUCCAAAGUGAUGAAAAACAAGGCUCAGCUCAAUACGCUGUUGCAAAGAUAUCGGUCGACUCUGGUCAUUGCUGAGCAUAACAAUGAAACUCUGUCCACCAUAACUCAGAACGCAUUGACUGCAGCAAGACAAAUCGGUGGAGAUGUGACUGUACUUGUUGCUGGAACAAAAUGUGGCCCAGUAGCAGAAGCCGUAGCUAAGGCAAAUGGGGUUGCCAAGGUUUUAGUUGCCGAAAAUGAAGUCUUUAUUGGGUUCACCCCUGAAACAUUGACACCACUUAUACUGGCUACACAAAAGCAAUUUAAUUUCAGCCACAUUCUUGCUGGAGCUACAGCUUUUGGAAAGGCAUUAUUACCAAGGGUAGCAGCUAAGCUGGAUGUCUCUCCUGUCAGCGAUAUCAUUGCUGUAAAAUCUCCAGAUACAUUUGUUAGAACAAUUUAUGCCGGUAAUGCUAUACAGACUAUCAAAUCUAAGGAUGGGGUAAAGGUUGUCUCAGUGAGAGGCACGUCUUUUGAACCAGCGCCGCUGGAAGGAGGGAAUUCCGAAAUAGAGCCUGCUCCAGCAGGAGAUUAUAAGUCAAAUUCUAUAAAAUUUAUUAAGCAAGAGUUGAGCAAGUCUGACAGGCCAGCUUUGGCAUCUGCCAAAAUAGUUAUAUCAGGCGGGCGUGGAUUAAAGUCCGGAGAUAAUUUCCAACUCCUUUACAAACUAGCCGACAAAAUGAAUGCAGCUGUUGGUGCUUCCCGAGCUGCUGUCGAUGCUGGCUUUGUACCGAAUGACUUGCAAGUUGGGCAGACUGGAAAAAUUGUAGCACCGGAACUUUAUGUAGCUGUGGGUAUCUCUGGAGCAAUUCAGCACCUUGCUGGAAUGAAGGACUCGAAGACUAUCGUAGCAAUAAAUAAAGACGCGGAAGCUCCCAUUUUUCAGGUUGCUGACUACGGCUUGGUUGCAGAUUUGUUCAAAAUUGUUCCCGAGUUAACUGAGAAAAUCUAGGUGAUCUGAAUGCAAUUCAUUUUCAUUUUCCAAUAAAAUGAAAAAUCUCAUUCCAA